UAAAUAAUUAAAGAUUUUCUUUUCUGUAAAUAGGUUCGUAGCUCUAACGUUUUUCGUAACUGGAAACUUGAUGGCUUUCAAGUUCUUCUGGACAGACAUUUUAAUCUUCUACGUACCUCUUCUAUCGCGAGGCUAUAAGUUUCUCUGCCAGUACUUUAUACUCUUCGCAAUGGCUGUAUUUGUAUUUAUCUCAGAGACUUUGCUCCUUAUUCUAGGAUUCUUCUUCGUGGCCAUUAUCAAUAUUUUCCUCGACGCCAUCAAGAAGCUCGACGAAAUCAAGUUUAUCGAAAGCUCUAAGAAAGUUCCAAUGAGAACGUAUCACAAGAAACAUGUUGAAAUACUGAAGAAACUGAAAGAUCUUGAGAAUAUCUUCUCAGGGAUUCAAACAGCUCAGCUGGCAAGUAGCCUACCAAUGGCGAUUGGAACGUUCUAUUUGCUGAGAUUGUACCCCAAUGAGAUCAUCUACUACACAAUGAUCUUCACAAUUUUGGGACAAUUCUUUGCAAUUUGCCUGUUUGGGGAGUGUAUUCACUCAAGAACGGAAAAGAUCUUCUCAAUACUCUAUCUAACACGAUGGUACGACAUGAAAAAGGAAGAUCAAAUGAUCCUCAUGAUGAUGAUGAGAAUGUCCAUUGAACCGUUUUGCCUGAAAGCAGCUGAUAUGUAUGAAAUUAAUUUGCAGACUUUUGUAAAUGUUACAAAGCUCUCAUUUUCUUUCUGUGCCUUUCUCUAUGCUCUACAUUAAAUGGAUUUCUUUUUUAAAUAUUCUUUAACGAAAUUUGAUGAUACUUUAUUGAACAAAAAAACUGACAUU